GUCAUUCGCAAAGAUCAACUAUUUUAUGCGUGGUGCUCUCUUUAAGUGAAGGAGACUUAUCCACAAUACCAAUCACCUCAUUUAACCCAUCGAUCACAACAUCGAAGCCAAAAAGCUUCGACAAUUACUACCUACUAUUAUUACCAUGUCUAAUAAGCCUGUUUUUGUGGUCACGCACCCACGUGCCUGUUCCACCGCUUUCGAGAGGGUUUUCAUGACUCGUCGUGAUACUCUCAAAUGUGCCCACGAACCGUUUGGAGAUAGUUUCUAUUACGGCCCUGAGAGGCUCAGUCAGCGGUAUGCCGAUGACGAGGCGGCCAGGGAAAGCAGUGGCUUUUCCAAGACAACAUAUCAUGAUGUCCUCAGCCGGCUGGGAAAAGAUGGGAGCGAGGGCAAGCGGGUUUUCAUCAAAGAUAUGGCCUAUUACUUGAUGCCUCCGGAUGGGAAACCGGCAACGAUUGUACCGUCCCUGCGCAAGAGUGAUGACUACACCGAGGAGGGAAAUCCGACGGUGAUACCCUUAGAGAUCCUCAAACAGUUCCAUUGGACUUUCCUCAUCCGUCACCCGAGAAGAGGAAUCCCCUCAUAUUUCCGAUGCUGCGUGCCUCCGUUAGACGAAGUUACCGGUUUCAAGAAAUUCAUGCCGAAUGAAGCUGGAUACGUAGAGCUCUGUCGUCUGUUCAACUAUCUGCGUGAGCAAGGAAUAGUCGGACCGCGCCUAGCUGGAGAGUCGAGCGGGGAGACGACGAAUGGGGAGACAAAUGGAAAAAAGGAGGGGCAAGGAGUCACCAUCACUAUUAUCGAUGCUGAUGAUCUCCUUGACCACCCGGAACCCGUUGUCAAGGCCUUCUGCAAGGAGACCGGUAUCGAUUUCUCGCCCGACAUGCUGAAAUGGGACGACGAGGACAAUCAGAAGUAUGUCUCUGACGCUUUUGCGAAAUGGAAUGGGUUUCACAACGACGCCAUCAGUAGCAAGAGCCUCACUGCGAGGACCAAGGCUCAUAAAACUGUCACCGACGAAUCUGAAAACGAGGAGUGGAGACAGAAGUACGGCGAGGAAGCCCAAAGAGUUAUUAGGGCUUGCGUAGAUGAGAACGUGUCGCACUACGAGUAUCUCAAGUCCUUCGCACUAAAAUUUUAAAUUACUCUGGUGUUGUUUUCUUGGGGGGUACUCUUCUUUUCUUUUGGGUUAUUGGGUUGCCCCCUCUAUGCUUAGGGUUGGCAGUGUUCAUUGGAAUAUAUAAUACAUUGAUGGCAUACCUACUAGAAUACAGCGUCUCCAG